AUGGCUGAAGAAGCUGCUUCUACUAGCGAAUCUGUGACAGAAAAUAAUACUGAGACCAUUCCUGAGACCAAUGUUGAAGUCGGUGAAAAGGUUUCAGAAGAUGUCAUUACUGGGGAGGAAAAAGUUCAAGAAGAAGCCGGUCAUAAAGUUUUUGUUGGAAAUUUAUCUUUUCAAACUUCUGAACAACAAUUAGCCGAUUUUUUUGGUAAAACCGGCAAAGUUCUUAAGGCCAAUAUUAUUAGUCGUGGUAAUCGUUCACUUGGUUAUGGGUUUGUUGCACUUGAAACUAAAGAAGAUGCCAACAAAGUUGUUGACGAACUUAACAGACAAGAAUUAGAUGGUCGUCAAAUUAAUGUUGAAAUGGCUAAACCUAAAUCUGAAAAUGCAUCUGGUAAUAACUCUGGUAAAUCAUAUUAUAACAGUUAUCGUGGUGGACGCGGUGGGAGUAAUCGUCGUUACAAUAGUCGAAGCAAUGCAGCUGUUACAUCUGAAGAUGCUCCAGCUUUAAAUGGUACUCGUAAACCUCGUGGUAGUGGCUAUCGUGGACCAAGUAGAAAUACUGAACCAUCUAAAACCGAUGUAUUUGUUGCCAACUUACCCUUUUCUGUUACGGAUGAAAGUUUGAAAGAAAUUUUCAAUGCUUAUGAUGUUAAAACAGCUGUUACAUCUGAAGAUGCUCCAGCUUUAAAUGGUACUCGUAAACCUCGUGGUAGUGGCUAUCGUGGACCAAGUAGAAAUACUGAACCAUCUAAAACCGAUGUAUUUGUUGCCAACUUACCCUUUUCUGUUACGGAUGAAAGUUUGAAAGAAAUUUUCAAUGCUUAUGAUGUUAAAAGUGCUCAUGUGGUUCAAUAUCGUGGACAAUCAAAAGGCUUUGGAUUUGUUGAAUUGGCUUCUGAAGAAGAACAGUCUAAAGUUAUUGAAGCAUCUAGAACUUUUAAAUCUGACGGAAGAGAAUUGGUUGUUAGAAUCGCUAUGAGUAAUCAACAUGUUCAAAAUGAAGAAGACACUACUGAAAAAAACGAAGACCCCGUCGCACAUUAUAUGCGCGAAAUUAUGUAG